UCUUUUUCAGCAAAUACAUUAUUUAUCAUAACAGGGGGAUCUGCAGUGAACUAUUCUAUUCUGAGCAAUGAGUCCGCAAAGCAAUGAGAACAAUUUAACUCCAACAGACAUGCAGUCUAACGAAUACUCUGCUGCCCAUAUCAUGGCCAAAGAAGCAAGGAAUCACUCAUCUCCUUGUGAGACAGUGGAUUCAAUGCCUUGGUUUGGAAUGGAUAUAGGUGGUACAUUAAGCAAAUUAGUGUACUUUGAGCCAAAGGAUAUAACGAGAGAUGAAGCGGACGCAGAAGUUGAGACAUUAAAAAAUAUUCGUCGAUAUCUCACUAAAAAUUCGGUAUAUGGAAAAAUUGGCCAUCGUGAUAUGCAUUUACAAAUGGAUAACGUCUGUAUUAGAGGCAGACGAGGAACCUUACAUUUUAUUAGAUUUCCGACAAGUAAAAUGGGAAAUUUUUUAGCAUUAGCAAAAUCAAAAGAUAUGGCAAAUCUUGUGACAACUGUUUGUGUUACUGGGGGCGGUGCUUUUAAAUUCGAAGAUAAUUUUAAAAAGGAAGUAAACAUGAAUUUGACCAAAUUUGAUGAAUUAGAUAGUUUAAUACGCGGGAUGCUCUACAUAGAGACCACGAAUCCACAUGAAUGCUAUUAUUGGUCGAAUCCUACCGAUGACAGCAAAUGCCAAAAAGUACCCUAUGACUUUUCUGAACCAUAUCCAUUCUUGCUUGUUAAUAUAGGCUCCGGAGUAAGCAUACUAGCUGUAUAUGGACCAGAAAAUUAUAAAAGAAUAUGUGGAACAAGCUUAGGUGGCGGUACAUUCUUGGGAUUAUGUUGUCUUCUUACUGGAUGUAAUACUUUUGAAGAAGCAAUAGAACUAGCAACAGGAGGCGAUAAUACAAGAGUGGAUAAAUUGGUUAAAGAUAUAUAUGGCAGUGAUUAUAGUCCUUACGGUCUUCCCGGAGAUUUAGUUGCGAGCAGUUUUGGACAAAUGAAUUCCAAAGAUCGUAGAAAUACUGUCACGAAGGAAGAUCUGGCGCGUGCAACUCUUGUUACUAUCACAAAUAAUAUCGGUUCUAUCGCCCGUAUGUGUGCUGUUAAUGAAAAAAUUGAAAGGGUUGUAUUUGUAGGAAAUUUUCUCAGGGUAAAUCCCAUAUCAAUGAAGUUGUUGGCCUAUGCUAUGGAUUAUUGGUCUAAAGGAACUUUGAAAGCCCUGUUUUUGGAACAUGAAGGUUAUUUCGGCGCGGUGGGAUGUCUAUUACAAUUUAAUGGCGAAUCGAGCUAAACAAUAGGGAAACAGUCAUAUAACAUAUAGCAGGCCCGUCCAACACUUUGCUCGUGAGUCGAAAACGCUUCCCCCUCUUCGUCAUCUCGGUAGAGCGAGACGGAGCGAAAAUAACAAAGGAUAGGCGCCAGGGCUCCGCCUGAUUCAGGUCUGUCUGAGAG